AUGAAAUAUAAUAGGGAGAAUAUAUCAAACAGUGAUAUAUCUCCAUUUAUUUACUCACCAAGCCCACUCUCUGGGUAUUUACAACAAAAAUUGCCUCCCAUAUCCUCUGAAUGUAUUGAUCCUGAAACUAAUCCUUUAGGUGGAUCUGGUUGUGUAAAAUCUUAUAAAACACUGUUGAAAGAUAAAAAAGGGCUAAGAAAUAAGGACCUUAGUGGAUUAAUAUCUAAUCAAGUUAUUAGUGACAUAAAUAAUAUAACUAAUAUCACAAAUAUGAUAUAUUCAGAAGAUGGUAUGUAUAAUCAAAGUGUUGUCAAUAUAUCUUUAGAGAAUCCAUACAAUGAUAUAAUUAUAGAUUCUGAGAAUUCUUCAAAUAAUAUAGUUUCAAAUAUGUCUGAUGUUAUACUAUCAAAUUCACAGUUUGUAUCAUCUCCAUAUCCAACUAAAUUAAAAUCAGAGGAAGUAAGUUUACCAAGAAAAAGAUUAAUUAGUAAAUCGACAGACUUAAGUAAUAACUCUAAAGAUAUAGAUGAAUCAGUAAGAUCAUUACAAAAUGAAGAUACAUUAAAUCCAUUGUACUCGAAUACACUUGAUAAAUUAGAUAAGCAGGGAAGUUUAGAAUUUAGAGAUGUUAACCAUUCAUACUCCUACGAUAAUAAGAAUAUUCCUAAUGCUUCUAAUAUAUCAUUAAAGAAACCUAACGUGGAAAAAUUUGUCAUAUUUGGAAACAACAAUUCAAGUGAGAUAGUAAUACCAAAAUCAGAUUUUAAGGAUAAUAGAAAAAAGCACUUGUCUACAGAAGAGUAUAGAAAGUUGGUGUCUAAUGUCAUGAACAGACGCCGAAGAAGAUCUAAAGACAAUUACCCACGUGUUCCACUUGAUGAUAGAAAUGUUUAUAGUCAUGGUGAACUGAAUCCACCAAUUCUUGGUGGUGUAAUUCCAGGUCCUGUAAUAUAUACUAAUAGAAAAGUAACAAGGCCUAAAUAUAAUCCAUAUAUUACAAAAAUGGACCAAUAUAUAAAAGAUAGAGAACGAGAAGGAAGAAAUAGAUUUAAUUCCUAUAUAACAAAACACAGUAAUAAAGACAAUAAUAAUAAUAGUGACAAUGAUGAUGAUAAUAAUGAUAGUGAUAAUUAUAAUGAUAAUAAUGAUAAUAAUGAUAAUAAUAAUAAUAAUAAUAAUGAUAAUGAUAAUAAUGAUAAUAAUAAUAAUAAUGAUAAUAAUGAUAAUUAUAAUGAUAAUGAUAAUGAUAAUGAUAAUGAUAAUGAUAAUGAUAAUUAUAAUGAUAAUGAUAAUGAUAAUGAUAAUGAUAAUAAUGAUAAUUAUAAUGAUAAUUAUAAUGAUAAUGAUAAUGAUAAUUAUAAUGAUAAUUAUAAUUAUAAUGAUAAUGAUAAUGAUAAUUAUAAUUAUAAUGAUAAUGAUAAUGAUAAUUAUAAUAAUAGUAAUGAUGACAAUAAUAAUAAUAAUGAUAAUAAUAAUAAUGAUAAUAGUAAUGGUUAUGAAUAUCUAAAUGAAGAUGAAGUAGAUUAUAGUAGAACUAAUACUGAUGGAAAUAUAAGAAGCUCAAUUAAUAUUCAAAGACCAAAGACAGUAAGUUGUAUGGGGGAUAAAUGCAAAAGUGGAACUCAUAAAAUAAUGCGACAAUAUAGUAGUAUAUCUGACUUUAUAUUCGAUUCUGAUACUCCAAAUGGAUCAAAUAGAGCUUCUACUUCUAGUAAUGAACCUAGUUUAUGUACAGGAUAUAGUGAUGAUACAGAUUAUUCUAAUAUGAAUAGAUAUAUUGAAAUGUUAUGUAGAAUAAAUGUUUUGCGGCAAAGAAUCGAUGAGAAAAGUCUACUUAUAAAUUUAGAUCCUCACAAUAAAAGAGGGAGAAAUAUAAGAAAAGUAUUUGCAGAAAAUGCUCUUAAUGAAAUUUCAUGUUUGAAAAAAGAGCUUGAUUUCUUACAACAGGAAAUAAAAAACAUAGAUAUUAGAUCAUCUUCAGGGACUAGUGAAAGUAAUGAUUUAGACCGAGGAUUCAGUGAUAAAGAUGAAACUUCGGGGUCAAACCAAGAAGAUGAAGAUCAGAGACCAGUAUUUGGUCAUAUGGGUUCAUCUAAAUAUACGAGACAGUUUAGAAGUCAUAAAUCAGUUCCUAAAACUAUAUCUGUUGAGGUUUAUCCUAAUAAGUCUAAAAAGGAGUUAUACAGAACCCAAUAUAAGGGAAAUAUUACAGGAAAAAAGAAAGACCAAUCCCAACAUACUUCUAAAUCUGUUAGUAAAUCCAAUAUAUCUUUAGGGGAAUUAUAUUCGAGAACUGUAGGAAUUCCAGAGGUAACCCCACAAGGGCCGGAAUUAGGGGCGUUACAGAGAAUGCAUUCUUCAUCUAUUUAUAUUACACCAGGUACACCUAUAAGAACUCCAGUAACUCUGGAAAUUCCAAAAGUCUCGAAACCAAAGAGAGAACAUAAAAGUUCUAUAUUUAUUUAUAUUAAACCUCAUAAACCUAAGGAAAUUCCAGAAAACCCAAAAAUAAAGGAACAAGGUAAAGAUCAAAAGAAUUUAUCCCAACCAUCAUCUCAAUUACCACCCCAAUUACCACCCCAAUUACCACCUCAAUUAACUCGUUAUCUUACUUUUUGCAAUAUAAAUUCAGUACCUUGGGGAGCAGGAAAUUAUAGAGCGACUAAUGUACCUACAUCAAGUGGUUCAUCAUCUGAUUGA